AUGUCAGCCAAAACGUCCAACACGAAACCAGUGCACGUCAAUUUUAAAACAAAUGGCUCGGAGACCACAGAUCGUAAAAAGUUCUUGACAGCAAAAUACGGUACGCACCAGAUGAACCUCAUUAAAAAACGUCUCAAGGUGGAACUUUGGAUGCACGACCAACUGCAAGCACUCUUUCAGGUGGAUGAGGACUUUUUCGAUGAAGUGGACAUUGAUCUCGAUGAGUUGCUUGAUCUCGAUCAGCGACAAAGCAGAAUAGAAUGGCUAAGGAAAAAGCUCACCCACGCAAAGCAGCCACAAGCAGCCGUCGACACCUUCAUUGUGGAGCUGUUAGAGCAGGCAAACACACUGUAG